UCAUCAGGUGUAAAUGCAUUGGCGUUUCGUUUCGUUUGGCUUCUUUUUAAAGCGCCAUUUUCUUGUACUGUUGUGUUGCAGACGCCGUUGUUUAAAUUAGUAAAUUUAGAAUAUUUGAGAUAUCAGAAUGGUCGAUAAAAUAGAAAUGAGUUUAGACGAAAUUAUAAAAUCAAAUAAACCACAACGAGGUCGUGGUGGAGGUCGACGUGGUGGCAGAAGUCGUGGAGGAGGUGGCCAAAGGCGAGGGAAUUUUAGAAACACUGGACGACCUGGUGGUGGUGUCCAAAGAGGUCGUGGACGUGGUGGAAUUUCACGAAAUUACACCCGGGGAGACGUUAAUAGUGCAUGGAAGCAUGAUCUGUUCGAGGGUUAUGGUCCACGUAAAGUGGCAGCCGCUCGAGCAGCCAUUCAGGCUAACAUGGGGCCCACAAAACUCAUGGUUUCAAAUCUAGAUUUUGGAGUUUCUGAUUCAGAUAUUCAAGAACUUUUUGCUGAGUUUGGGCCUCUUAAAAGUGCCGCUGUACAUUAUGACAGAUCAGGCAGAUCAUUGGGUACAGCAGAUGUUAUUUUUGAAAGAAGAAGUGACGCCAUUAAAGCCAUGAAGCAGUAUAAUGGAGUACCGUUAGAUGGACGCGCUAUGAAUAUUCAACUUACUACAUCGGAAAUUCCCAGUCCUGUUCGAAGAAUUGGUGGUGGAGAUAAGAAAUUUCAAAAUAGAAGUCCGAGGGGAGGCAAAAGUAGACCCACUAGAGGUCGUGGAGGACGAACCCCUAGGAAUCAGCGCAAACAGCCUACAGCAGAGGAAUUGGAUGCAGAAUUAGAUGCCUACACAAAAGAAAUGAAGUGAAAAAUGUGUAAUAUUAAUUUGUUUAUUUAGAGACACUUGUGUGAUGGUUAAGUUGUGUGAAUAUUUUAAUUUUAUGAUUACUUUUCGUUUGUGUAAGUUUUGAGACAUUUAAACUAGAUAUUAUAAUAGAAGCCUUAAAAAUAAAACAUUAUUGACAUAAUUUUUCUAAAUUUGGAAAAAAAUGAUGAUUUAUAUCCUGUUAAAUGUGAAUUUUAUUAAAUGGAAUAAACGCAUAUAAGUUGUGA